CCGGUUUUCAUUAAAAAUGAUAAUGUAGUGUCCCAUAUGUAGCAUUUGGUUUACUCCAGGUUUGCCUAUAAUGAUUAUGAUCAUUUAAGUUUUGAUCUACGAUGUCUAUUAUUCUUCCAUUUCGGAUAAGACCUAUGUCUUCUCCUUUUCAUGUACUUCGGUUAAUGAAUCAAAGUGGUCUAUAUCGUAGCAAUAGACAGUUAUUAGUUUCUGAUGCUAUUUACGAUACCAGAAAGUAUGGAUCUUUGGCAAUACGUAGGACCAAUACAACAAUGGUCCAACCCACAAGUGAUGCUAAUGUAGCUUCUGGUACCAUACAACGAUACCCAGAGGAUGGAUUACCAACUAAAUGGAUCUAUAGGGAUUUUGAUAUUUCUGUGGCAGCAAUGUUACGCUGCAUUGCCAAGCGUUCACAUAUCGCAGAUAGACCAGUUCAUCUAUCAAUACUUUCAUAUCCUUCCAUAGCAUUAAUAACAUUGCUAUCUAAUUGUUUACGUCACGAUGGUGUAAAAGUGACCACACUUCCUGUUGAUUAUUACCUAUUGAGGCAUAGGUUGGAUUCAUGUCUACCUACUACUUUCAAGAAACAUAUCGUGGAUAACUGGCGAUCUAUUUUGGUCGAGGCGCACAGUGACGCGUUAGUGACAACGGAUGAGUAUUAUUCUAUAGUCUCACCGUUGGGCCGUGAAUUGGGUAUACCUGUCUAUUUGUUGACGGAUCGUCCUGGUCUGUUAUCAGAGGAAGAGUACAUCUCAGCAAAGCGUGCUGGACAUGGAUACUUUGAUUACAUCAAUUGUGCAAAGGGAACCCUACGUGAUAUAGAGUGGUUCUCUCUUCAUUCAUCUACGGAUGGCCCCUCGAGAUCUAUGCUUCAUGUAUUAUCGGAGAUCGGUUCUUGUAACAGCAAGGUGGCAGUACAUAACGUUCAUUCGCUUAAUGCCGAACUAAAUCGUAUUCGUGGUAUUUUGGAACUGAGGAGCGAUGACUGUAUAUUGAAUUGUUUGCCUCCUCAUGGAUUAAGUUUUAUGGUCCACAGCGUUGCAAAUGCAUUUGAUAUUGGUGCUGAUGUUCACCUUCCACUUAAGUUCGUUCCAUUUUCACAAUAUUUGCUUCUAAAACCACAAUUCCCCUUGACUAUUCAUCGUAAUAUAAGCGAUACAGUGAAGCUAUCAUUAGGUCAGUCAGCCUUUGAAUACGUUCGGCAGCGUCGUUUGGCGCCUACGGUUCUCAUGUGCGAUGGAGAAAUGUUUAGGCUACUUGUUCGAUUCAUCUGCUGUGAAGAGUUAUCGACUACUGAGCGUAGUGCUUAUAGCAAGUACUGGUCGAAUUUAUCCCGAGUGUACAUUUUCGAUGAUGGUUGUGAACUCAUUAACAAGCCUUUACACGAUUUGGCAAAGUCAUUUAGCUCAGCUCUCGGGAUUAAACCUGACUUAAUCCAGUUAUAUACCCAGGCUGAGGUGGGAGUCAUAGCUACUGUUAACCUGAGUGACAGUAAUUCUGUCCCAAAGGCACUUCCAGGUUGUAAAUUAAUUGACGGCGAUACAUCUUUAACCGUAGAGGCCUGCACGGAUUCUGUAUUCCAGGGCUAUUUAAAUCGUAUCAAAGCCACAGAAUCCGUUUUCGACGGUAAGAUUGUGCGUCUAGACUUUGCUAAGAAGCUUGGUGCAACCAUAUUGUUGAGACGACACACUGAUUAUGUCCGUUACUUCAAGCGUCGGCGUGAACGCAUGUCACGUUACCCUCAAGGUUACAUAAAGCAGGUUCCUGUACGAACACAAUUUUGGGGUAACUUCACUGGGCGCCGACGUCAUCCUUCGGUGUUAUAGU